AACCACUACAGGAACAAAGGAGAGCGCUCCGUUUACUCUGUGCAGUAACAUUAACAUGGAAGGCCCUGUCGACCAAUCAGAUUCUAGUAUUCCACGAGUGGGCGGGGAACGUACUCAUGAAUAUCCAACAAGCGCACUCGGUCGGCAGUGGCACAGAGACCAAGGCGUCCGUGUGGUGUUGUUUUUGCAUCCUAAAAGCGUUGAUAUUGACAGACAGGCCUGAAGGCAGCACUGGUGGAGAAACAGUUCGCGUCUGUUCCUGCAGCUUUCAUUCAUUCCCCGGUGGAGGACUGCGCUCCCGGUACCGUUAGAAACAUCUCCCCCCCUGUUUGCUCGAAGCUUAGCGGCGAACAAUGUCUGGCAAAGCAGCGGUGACAGUGGCGCUCAAGCCCAGCGGUAACGUCGUUAAAGCGGAUCCGCAGAAGUCCUACCCUUUCGUGUUAAAGAAGAUCAUGGACAUCCCUCCUCCCAACAUCCUGGAGGAAGGCGACGACGAAAUAGAGAAAGAGAAGCUGUGCUCGUCUGAGGAUGUGGAGGGAGGCGGGGCCGGAGCAGCGAGUGCUGGUGGAGGCUCUAGAGGAGGCAUCAGCGGCGGUGGCGGUGGAGGGGUAUCGGCCUCCUUGACCCCAGCCAUUUGGGAGAAGACCAUUCCCUAUGACGGGGAGACCUUCCACUUGGAGUACAUGGACCUGGAUGAGUUCCUCCUGGAGAACGGGAUCCCUGCGAGCCUGGAGGAGGAGGAGCUGCAGAAGACUCUGGCCUCGGUGGGACUCAAAGGCAAAUACGUCCCUAAGGUUACUCCUACUGCUACUACUACCACUUCUGCUGCAGCCCCUGCCCCCACCUCGGCAUCAGCCCCCUCCGUCCCCGCCACCUCUACGGUCACCUCCGAUCCAGAGGAAGCGGUCACGGUCACUACGUUACAACCAGCCAAGCUAGAGGAAGAGGAAGAGGAAGAGGAAGAGGAAGGACAAGAAGAGGAAUCUUUGUCUGAGGAGGCCAGAGCAGAAGUGGAAGUGAAAGAGGAGAAAACAGACUGUAUCCCUGCAGAACGUCGCACUCCGUCCCCCAUCGACCCAGAAGCCAUCGAGGUGGACAUUAACUUCCAGCCGGACCCCACGGACCUGGUCCUGUCCAGCGUGCCGGGGGGAGAGCUGUUCAACCCGCGCAAACACAAGUUCUCUGACGAGGAGCUGAAACCACAGCCUAUGAUCAAGAAGGCCAAGAAAGUGUUUGUUCCUGACGAACAGAAGGAUGACAAAUACUGGUCCAGGAGGAAGAAGAACAACGUGGCAGCGAAGCGUUCGCGUGACGCCCGGCGGCUGAAGGAGAACCAGAUCACGGUGCGCGCCUCCUUCCUGGAGCGGGAAAACGCAGCGCUGCGGCAGCAAGUGGCCGAGCUGCGGAAGGACUGCGGCCGCUGCAAGAACAUCCUGACCCGAUACGAGGCUAAGUAUGGUCCGCUGUAAAAAAAAAAAAAAAAAAAAAAAAAGAAAAGAAAAAAUUAACCCUCUGAAGAAAAACCCACAAAUUAGCAAUGAGACAAAAAGCAGAACUCUCUUCCCCGCAGUAUUCAACACAGACACUAACCACCAAGGAAAUCAAAAUGUUGCGCUGUUGUCUUUGCCGACCUCCAGUCGCUGUGUCGAGCUCCAGCGAUGCUGGAGUUGUGGCUACACGCUGGCAGGCAGUGAGGCAUGCUGGGAGUUGUGGUCACAGGAAGGCCUGUGGAGAGCGCCUGGCUCCUACACUUGAGAGAGGAAGAGGACGAUUGUGGACCCUCCCAUGGUCAAACACACAUGGAAAAUCCGGUCCGUCUCAAGCCAGUUUUCGAAGUCAGGAAAUGUAAAAAAAGAGCAGUCUGGUACAAAAGCUUCCCGGGCUUUUAAAUACUACACCAAUCCGUUUUUAGCACUGCACACAGCACUUCUUCUUAGUGGACCAAAGCAUGAGGAACGUCAGUUACAAGUCCUGUAUUUAGAACGGUGCACUCUUGUCGUCCGUCCCUUAUAUUUCCUUGUGUUGCACCUGUGUUAGUGUCUGUACUUCCUUUCAAAAAUACUCCGGCUGAGGCUCGGACGAUAGAAGGAUAGAAGCGGAACAGAUGAGUGCACGGAUAAAAGAGCAGGGGACGGAUUCGCGGUAGCACUUCCAGCCUGAAGAGAAAAGAGAAAGACCUCAGGUCAGCAGAGGAGAAAAGGAUGAGAGUCCGUUAGUUCUUCCUUUUUUAUACCAAUGACACAAAUGGAAGGUCCACAGUAUAUUAAAAAAUAUAUUUACAAAAUGUCUUAUAACCCACAUGCAGACCAAAACUGUAUACUGUAUAUAGUCAUCUCCCUGCACCACAUAGAUACAGUAUGUACGUGGAUCAGUGUGUAAUCCAUUUUUGCACUUUCUCUUAAAAAAAACACAGUAUGUAAAGAUUACAGAUUACAGUGGUGGCAGGUAUCUAGGUAGAUGUUUAUUUCAUUUUUUUUUUAUUUCUUCGUUUUCUGCGUUUCUUUCAAACGCAAAAAUACACUGAACAAAGAAGAGUGCAGGGAAUCGAAUAACAAAAUCAAAAACGCAAUCCUUCAACUAACCGUAUUUACCACCAUUGGAGACACAGUAGCUUAUUAGGGGGGGGAAAAACAUGCAUGACCUAGAAUUUAAAGCUACUGUGGUCUAGUUACCUUUUUCUACUAACCUUAGAUCAGCUCCCAGAGCCUCAAACAAGAUGUUGCUAAAGAAGGCGGACUUUGGGUUUCCUCGAAAGAUGAUAUUUUAUAAAUGAAGAGAGAGCUGUAGUUUCUCUUCUAAGUUUCCGUUUGAAGAAGGCAAAUGUCUGGUGAUCUGCAUGGCCCUCACAGGUGGAGGGGUAUGUUCAUACGUAGGGAUGUUUAUUUUACUGCCCGCUGCAGGUAGAGGGCGCUAGAGCCACUGCCUGUCUGGUCGUGGCGUAGUGAUGGCUGGAAUUGGUUUUUAAAAAGACAAAAAGAUUUUUGCCAGGCCCAAAGUUGACUGCUUCUAAACCUUGUAAAUAAAAGCCUUGUCUCAUGGUCUUUACUUCCUAAGACAGGGGUUCUGACUGUGUCUUUAUUAACCCAAUACUAUUCCUUUUUUAUUUGCCAAUUAGUCAAAGAGUGCUGUACUUCUACUGAUGGUAAUAAUGCAUCUGUUGAUUGUGAUGUACGACGAUACUUCAGAUAAUUCUAUUUCCAUUGAGGAACAUUACUUCUAAUGGAACCAAUGCAGGGAAAAUAAAUGGAUAGACUGUGCUUUUGGAUGUUUGUUUUAAAACCAGAUUUAUAUAGAUUUUCUUUUCUUCUCUAUAGACAUACAGCAUGUGUCUGAACAUACAAAGGACAGGGCACACACUCUUUUAUACCUCAUCCAACACUUCCUGUUUUGAAUAAUUCAAAGUUUGGCAGGGCAACAAAGCCGUGUUGGUUGAAGCAGAGCGCACAAAGGAAGCAGCUUAGUUCCAUUUGGCAAAAACCUCGACUCCCGAGUUGAUAUAUUGAGUUCUUUUUGCUAAACUGGUCUGAGUCUGUGACUAAAUUAGUGAACACAUUACAGACUGUUAUGGGACUCUAUAUCUUAAGUGUCUUUGGCUGAUGCACAUGUUGCGAUCGGCCAGCGCUCAUAAUCGACGUAAUCUUGGAAAGAAAAUAAAUGUGGCAAUAAAUAAUGUGUUACGUAAUGCUCGUUUUCUUUCAGUGACGAUGUAUGUACAAUUGUUAAUGAUGUACUAAAUAGAAAUGCCCCAAAGUCAUUUAUGCUUCCAGUUUAGAUCCUCUGUAGUCUAGGAUCCUAAUGCAUGAAACCCUGUAAACUUUGUCUUUUCUUUUUCUUGAAUAUUUUACACCAAGUGUACUUAUGUCUGUGAACCAUCACUAAAAACGUCAUAUGUUUUUGGAUGGGUAGGUUGAUGGUCUCUUGUACAGUUCUGUCGAAAGGUAUAAAAAGCAGGACAUCUUUGCUAUGAUGUCCUGUGUUUAUGACUUGCAUAAUAGCUCCACCUAUCCUUGUGCAGCCAGUGCUUGAUCUUGGGGCGAACAUCAGCUAAAAAAACUGCAUCUUUUGAUCACUGUGUGGAUUGUUUUCUAUUUACUAAAGAUUGAUCUACAUCUAGAUA